CUGAAUCAUUUCGUCAAAAUGUAUCUUAAUAUUAUGUAUAAUAUGUUAAAAGAAAAUUCUUCAAGUAAUAGUUUAUCAAAUGGAAAUUUAAACAACAACUCUAAUAUAUAUUAUAAUAAUAAUGAAAAUUCUUUAUACGAACCUAUAGAAACCGCCGAAGUUUAUGAUGAAACUAAUGGAGGAAUAUUUUGUGAUAAAUUUUUACUUCAUGUUAUACCAAUUAAAAUGAAUAAUAAUAAUAAUUUAUAUAAGAAUAGAAUAUCAUAUAAUACAAAAACCAAUGCUUAUUAUGAAAAUGGUAUUUUAUCUAAUAAAUAUUUAAAAAAAUGGAAAGAAAGAACUAAUGAUAUAGAAUUGAUAAAUGAUGAUGAUGGAGAAAUUUCUUGGAAAUUUGAUUAUCGUAUUGGAAAUUAUAUUAUCAAUUCUAUUGAUUUAAGAUUACCACUUGGUAUGUUAAAUAAUUCUGCAAGUAUUCAAUGGUUUAUUAAAUCAUUACCCACGAUGAAAAAUCAAAAUCCAACAUGGAAUUUAAUUCAAUUUAAUCAAAAUAUACAUCAUGUAAAAGAGAUCGAAGACGUUACUCGAUUUGUUAAAAAUGAAUAUGGUUUUAUAUUAAUGGCGCGUUUAAGAGAUGAUGAUGAAAAACAAGAUUUGAAUAAAUUAAUAUUUUUCAGGGACAUUGAUGAUGAAUCUUUUGGAUUUGAUGUUAGGGUGGAAUUAAAACCUGAUAUUAUUAUUGAUCCUUUACCAGAAUUACUUUUUUCGGAUUAUGAAUCAAUAAAUGAUUUUAUUAUUCAUUAUGAAUUUUCUACUGAGGAUGAUCAAAAUAUUGGAAGUUCUGGUAAUUCUAAUAAGAAAUCUAGGGAAUUUCAUGUUAAUUCCAAGAUAUUAUCAGAAAGAUCAGAUUAUUUUAAUACGUCAAUUAAAUCAAACGAUAAAACACUCGUAUUAACUAAUACUGAUAUUCCUUAUAAUUCAUUAAAAAUUAUUAUUAAUUAUCUUUGUACUGGUACACUUCCAAAUAUUGAAAGUUAUGAUAAAUGGAUUACAUUACUUCGUUAUUCUUCUAAAUUUCUUAUACCUACUUUAAUUCAAAGAUGUGAGAAGGCAUUAAAAGGUUAUUUGAAUCAUGAUAAUUUAUGUGAGGUUGAAAAUAUUGCUAAUGAAUGUGAUGCAAAACAAUUAUUACGAUGUUGUCAGAAUUUAAACUGUCUUAAUUGAAUAGAUUAAAAAAUUGAAAUUUUUUAUGAUG